UCAAUAUAUGAAAUACAAUGAUUAAUCCUCAUCUUUGAUUCCUUUGAAAAGAAAAAUUAGAAACUGAAGAGAACGUCCUUAAAGAAAAUCACCAUCAUGAUAAAAACAUGUCUUAUUCCGUUUACCAUAUUUCUAUUUCUAUGGCUAUUAGCUUCUUCUACGUCGGCUGAUAACAUCAUUAUGGGAGCUUCAUCCUCGAGUAGCAACUAUACCGGUAGCUUCUCCAAAAUGUAUGCUUUUGGAGGAUCAAGUACAGACACCGGAAAUGCCAACUCAAUGGGAACACUUAAAGAUAAUGUUGGUGGUUCUUCAUCACAUAAGGAUCCAAAGUCAUAUACCAAGGGGAGAUUAACUAAUGGUCGCCUCGUAGUUGACCACCUAAGUGAAUCUCUUGGCAUACAUUCUCCUCUUCCCUAUCAAAGUGUUACAGGUGCUUCAUCAUCUAAAAGUAGUGGGAGUGCUUCAUUUUCUAGCAGCAACAGCAAUUCAUUUUCUUCAUGUAGUAACUCUUUUAGUUCAUCAUCAAAUAGUGAUGUCAAUGACUCCUCCUCCUCAUCAUCAUCAAAGAAUGAUAAAAGUGGAAAAAAUAUUUCAUCAUUAACCAAGAGCGGCACAAGGGAUUCACCACUGCCAUCAUCAAGGACCAAUAUAGAUGCUUCAUCAUCAAAAAAUGUGAACACAGAUGCCUCCUCGUCAUCAACAAGUAACAUCGAUUCUUCAUCAUCAUCAAAGAAAGACACAAAUAACUCAUCUUCAUCACAAUCAAAAAGUAACACAAAUAAUUCACUAAAGGGAAAUGCAGACACAUCUCCAACAAAGAGUCACAAAGGCGAUUCAUCGUCAGAGAGCAAUACCAAGGAUUUAUCAUCAACAAACAACAAAGGUGUUAGUUCAUCUUCAAAACGUAAUAUAGGUGAAUCAUCAUCAAAGAGUUACAAAGGUACAUCAUCCCCAUCAAGUACAAAUGAUAUGUCUUCAUCAAAGAGUGACACACAUACUUCACCAUCACAAAAAAAUAAUAAUACUUCAUCAUCAAAAAGUAACAUAGGCAGUGCCUCUUCAACAAGUGAAAGAGAUAGUUCAUCUUCAAGAAGUGAAACAAAUUCUUCAUCAUCGAAGGAAAACAAAGAUUAUUCCUCAUCGGAGAAUGACACAAAUGAAUUAUCAUCAAAGAAAGACAAAGGUUCUUCAUCAUCAAAGAGGGACAAAGAUGAUUCUUCUUCAAAGAAUAAAAAAGACAAUUCAUCGUUGAAGAGCAACAAAGAUACUUCUUCUUCAAAGAGUAAUGAAGAAGAUUCAUCAUCAAAUAACAACAAAAAUUCUUCAUCGUCAAAGAGUAGCACAAAUGCUUCAUCAUCUAAGAGAAAGAAAGACUCUUCAUCAUCAAAUAGUGAUAAAGAUGGAUCGUCGGCCAAGAGUAAUAAAGACACUUCAUCCUCAAAGGGAGAAACUGAUUCAUCAUCAUCAUCAAAAACAAAUAAAAAUAAUAAUACAAACUUGACCUCAUCAAAAAGUGGUUCAGACUCAUCAUCAUCCAAUAAAAACAAAGGUACGUCAUCAGAGAGUGACAAAAGUGAUUCAUCCUCUAAGAGUAAUAAAGUAUUUUCAUCUUCAAAUACUAAUAUAGAUGGUGCAUCAUCAAAGAGUAAUACAGACUCAUCAUCCUCAAAGAGAGAAACUAAUUCAUCAUCGUCAAAAAGUAUAACAGAUAAAAAUACAGACUUGAAGUCAUCGAAAAGUGAUAUAGACUCGUCAUCAUCAAAGUCAGGUAAAGGUUCAUCAUCAAAGAGUGACAAAAAUGAUUCAUCAUCACAUAGCAAUAAAGGUAAUUCAUCAUCAAAGGGCAUAACAUCGAACGACAACAAAGACACUACAUUGUCAAAGAACAAAAAAGACACUUCAUCUUCAGGGAGUGACACAGAUUCUUCAUCAUCAGCAACCAAUAAAAGUACAUCAUCGUCAAAGAAUGACAAAGACGCCUACUCGUCAGUGGGUAAUGAAGACACAAAGUUAUCAAAGAGCAACAAUGACACGUCAUUAAGUGCAGACAUACAUGGCUCUUCUUCAAAGAGUAGUGAAGCCAACUCUUCAUCCUCAAAGAGUGAUAAUAAUUCUUCUUCGAAGAUCAAUGAUGAAGCCUCAUCGAAUAAAAAUAGCAGUGCUUCAUUCUCAAAAAGUAAUACACAUGCUUCAUCCAAAAAGGGCAAUUCAGAUGCUUCAACCAAAAAAAGCAAUAUAGAUGCUUCAACCUCAAAAGAAAAUGUAGAUACUUCAUCCUCUAACAAUCACACAAAUGGUUCAUCCUCAAAGAGUAAUACUGAUGUUUCUUCUUCCAAGAACAAUAUGGAUGCGUCUUCAUCAAAUACCAAUGCAAAUUCUUCAUCUUCAAACAUUAAUGUAGAUGAUUCAUCAUCAAAGAGCAAUGCAGACACUUCAUCUUCAACGAGAAAUAAAGAUGUUUCACUUUCAAAGAAUAGUACAAAUGAUUCGUCUCCAAAUAGUAAUAAUGAUGUUUCAUCCUCAAAGAGCAAUACAGCUGCUUCAUCUACAAAAAGCAAUGUAGAUAUUUCAUCAUCAAAGAGAAAUACAAAUGAUUCACUUUCGAAGAUCAAUACUGAAAAUCCGCCUUCAAAGAAAAACACAAGUGAUUCAUCCUCAAAGAGCAAUACAGAUUAUUCAUCCUCAAACAGUAACACAGAUGAUUCAUCCUCAAGUAAUAUUACACAUGCCUCAUCCUCAAAGGGAAACUUAAAUGCUUCAUUUCCGAAAAGCAAUACAAGUUCUUCAUCAUCAACUAGUAAUGAACAUGAUGCAUCCUCAAACAACCAUUCAAAUGAUUCACAGACAAAAAGCAAUACAGAUGGCUCAACAUCAAAAGAUGAUGCUUCAUUAUCAAAGAACAAAAUGGAUGAUUCAUCAUCAAAUCAAAACUCUGGUAGUUCAUGGUCAAGUAGCAAUGCAGAUUCUUCAUGGUCAAGUAGCAGUAGUUCCUCAUGGUCAAACAACAUUGGAGCAGAUUCAACAUCAAAUGGAGAAACAAGUUCUUCGAUCUCAAAUAACAAUAAUGAUGGUUUAAAUUCUUCAACAUCCAAUAAUAGUAAUGACCAAGGAUAUGGAGCAUUCAAUAAUACUACUAUCUCAAAUUCGGAGUCUGGAAUGAACUUUGCUAUUGCUGGAUCAACAUCUCUCUCUAGAGAGUAUUAUGCCUCCCAAAAAGCACAUUCAUUUAUUUGGCAAAGCAUUCCUCUUACUUUUCAAGCACAAAUAGAUUGGUUCAACAAAUUUUUGCAAUCAAAGGGGUGUAAUAAUGCAGCUGAUGCACAUUGCAAAUCUGAGAUUGAGAAUGCACUUUUUUGGUUGGGUGCAGUAGGUGUUUCUGACUACUUCCGGAUUAGUGACCAAUCUGUGGCUUCUAUGCAUGGAAUAUCACAAUUAUGCAUUCUUCACACCUCAAAACUUAUGCAGACCGUGUUGGACGCCGGUGCAAAACACAUAGUUGUACAAGGCUUACCACCUGUAGGUUGCUUUCCUGUUAGCAUAUCUUUAUGCCCAACUCACUUACUGGAUAAGAUGGGAUGUUCUACUAUCGUAAAUACAGCAAUAGAUGUCCAUAAUAGGCUACUCCAAAAGAUGAUAGAAAAGUUUCGUAAACAAUAUCCUCAAAGCAAGAUCAUUUAUGCAAAUUAUUGGAAAGCUUUUUUAACAAUAUAUAGUGACCCUCAAAAGUAUAAUUUUGAAGAGACAAAAAAAGCUUGUUGUGGAGCUGGAGGAGAUCUUAACUUUGAUAAAGACAAGUUGUGUGGCACAUCUGGUGCAACCACAUGCUCCAAUCCUAAUAAAUAUAUAAGUUGGGAUGGAAUUCAUCUCUCUGGAGCCAUGAACAAACAACUAGCCGAUCUUUUGCUCCACCAAGACUAUUGUGAACCGCCAUUUUCAGAGCUAAUUAGUCAAAAAAGUAGUUGAGUGCAGCAAUAAAGGAUGUAGUAUUAUAAUGUCUAUUAUCGCCCCAGAUGUGUCUCAUCAUGUGAGCGAGCACAUAAUAGAACAACAUUAUGUAAAUAGCUAUUUUUUGUAAAAGUAGCCUGAAGAGUGGAAAUGAUCCUUGUAAAUAUUAAAAAGAAUAUGAUAACUAAUUUGCAUUUUCAAUCAUUC